AUGAAGCUGCAACAUUGGACUGUGUUGCGGCAUGUUUUCUUCGUCUUGUCGGUAAUUGGCAUGCUGGUACUUUCUGGUUUAUUGAUCGGUAUCAUCAAACAUAUCGAGCAUAAUGUUCUUGCAUUUGCUUACACAGAGAGUGGGCUAGUGAGAUUUGUUCACAAGAACAGCAAAGUAGCAUUCACACUCCUAAUAGUGAUGAUGGCUAUUAUGGGAGUCUUCAGUGUGAGUUAUAUUUUCGUAAUGCUUAGUGCUGGGAAACGGGAGAUGCUUCUUUGUGCCACACUCAUACAACAAAUGGAGGCGACUCAACAAGCUGAGAGGAAGAGUAUGAGGAAAAGUCUUGCGUUUGUUUCUGCAAGCCAUGAUGUUCGUGCUGCUCUCACCGGCAUUACCGGUUUGAUCGAGAUAUCUUACGAUGAAGUAGCCCGAGGUUCAGAACUAGAGACGAAUUUGAGACAAAUGGAAACUUGUACGAAGGACCUUUUAGGUAUAUUGAACUCUAUUCUUGAUACAAGCAAAAUUGAAGCCGGUAAGAUGCAACUUGUGGAAGAGGAAUUUGAUGUGGCUCAGCUACUUGAAGAUGUAGUUGAUUUGUAUCAUCCUAUGGGUUUGAAAAAAGGCAUAGAUGUGGUGUUGGAUCCUCAUGAUGGCUCUGUUAUGAAGUUUGCACGAGUUAAAGGCGAUGGGGGAAGGCUUAAGCAGAUAUUGUGCAACUUAUUAAGCAAUGCCGUUAAAUUUACUUCAGAGGGGCAUGUGACAGUUCGUGCUUGGGUCCAAAAACCUGAUUUCAAGAAUUCUAUAGCUGCGAAUUCUGACCGGAAUGGUGCCGUAUUGAAAAAAUUGCUAUGCUUUCUAUCAAACAAGAAGAAAUCACAAGAUGUUGACAUGGAAGUAAUGAAUGGGGUCCAGCAAGAUCCAAAUUGUUUGGAAUUUAUUUUUGAGGUGGAUGAUACUGGGAAGGGAAUCCCAAAGGAGAAGCAAAAAGCAGUGUUUGAAAACUAUGUACAAGUCAAAGAAACAGCUCUUGGAGAAGGAGGUACUGGCUUGGGACUUGGUAUUGUUCAAUCUCUGGUACGUUUGAUGCAUGGCGAAAUAAGAAUUGUGGACAAAGAGAUUGGGGAAAGAGGGACAUGCUUCAGGUUUAAUGUUCUUCUAAGUAAUGUAUGUGAGAAUGUCUACAAGGAUAGAAGAAAAGAAGACGACCUUGAAUUGGGAAUAGCUGCCAUUCACAGUACUCCCGGUACUCCCAGGCUGACCGCUCGUACCUCGAGUCCUAAGGCAGAGGGAUCCAAUGUUGUAUUGCUGAUAAAAAAUGAAGAGCGUCGAAGAAUGGUGUACAAGUUCAUGGAGAGUAUUGGGAUAAAAGCAUGGGUGGUAGAACAAUGGGAACAACUUCGUCCUACUCUCAAGAAGAUAAAACACAAAGGGAAAGGGUACUAUUCUCAUCACCAUAGUUCUUCAGGAAUAUCUGAUUUGGGUUUGCAAGAUUGCUUGAGCAAAUCCACAUCAUGCAACUCUAGCUUUAGAUUAAAGGAGGUGCACCCUUUGAUGGGUGCAAUGGAUGGGACAGAAAACAUAAUCUCUCUCUUUAAGAAGAAUAGCACGAACCUUCGUGGCACAUCGUCAUGCUUUACAUUGCUAGUGAUUGAUACUACAGCUGGACCAUUUGAGGAGUUAUGUAACAUUGUAGCUGAAUUCCAAAAAAGCCUUCAAAAUGCUUGGUGCAAGGUUGUUUGGUUGGCAAAUCCAUUGAUACAAAGCAACAUUAACUUUGACAGCCUUGAUCCAGACGACGUUAUCAAACACAAGGCGCUUCACGGUACCCGUCUAUACGAAGUGGUGAGACUUCUUCCAGAGUAUGGAGGUGCACUGCCAAAGAGAUUAGGGGGCACAUUUGAUGUUGGAAAAGUCUCCAGAGCCCCUAGUUCAUCAAGAUACCAGUUUCACACCGACCGUGAAUUUGAAACCUUGUCUUCACCAACUCAAAAUCAUAAGUCUCACAAUGUUAGCUCCAAAGCAAGAGACCUGCCAGUUGAUCAUGGCCGCCCACUUCCACAUAGAGAAACAGAAGGACCUGAUAAGCCAAGCAGGCCUUUGGGAGGGAAGAAGUUUCUGGUUGCUGAGGACCAAAAAACCCUAGCUCAUAUUGCUAUGAAAACUCUUACACAUUGGGGUGCAACUGUGAAGCUUUGUGGAAAUGGAGGAGAAGCCCUAGACCUAGUUCGCAAUGAUCUAGUCACCCAUAGGAAACAUGGAUAUGAUUAUAUAUUAAUGGACUGCCAGAUGCCAAUAAUGGAUGGAUUUGAAGCAGCAAGAGAGAUAAGGAAAGAGGAGAAAUCUUACGACGUUCACAUUCCGAUCAUUGCAUUAACUUCUCAUGAACAAGGCGAGGAAACAAGAAGGAUGAUUGAGGCUGGCAUGGACCACCAUUUAACCAAACCCUUGCAAUUGGAUCUUCUACUUGAAACAAUUAGAUACAUUGACAACAAUGCUACUAUAUAA